GUCGCCAGCUCUUUGCAGAGCACAGCCUUCUGCAAAGCUCCGCCAGGAAGGAAAAAUAGCACCGUGGUGUCCCGGGAAUAUGCAAGGCGACCAGGGCUGUAUCAGUGCAUCCUCCAGCGGUGAGAGAAUAGUCUGGCCAAGCGAGCCACCUGCGGCGGGGUCACCAUUGUAACUCCGAGGCUUUCUGCCAGAAGACCGGGGUGACCUGAGAUGUGGGUUUUUCCCAGGAAGAGGCGCAGCUGCACCGGACACCCCAGGGAACUAGCGACCUUGCAACUUUUCCAGGACUGCUACCGAGCCCUGCAGGCGCUCUUUUCCAAGGAACUGAAGGAGGUAGGCUAAAAGGGUGGUAGAAGGGGGUGGGGACAGCAGAGAGACAGUCCCAGCCUUCCCCGCCCUCCACCCCCACCACAACUCAGCAGCCGUCACGUGGUACCCAGAGUGGGAGGGGUGGGGGUAGAAGAGGCGAGACUUUUUUGGGUGCUCCGGAUCGCCAGUAGUUCUUCAAGCCUCAGCAGCCAACUCCUCCAGAGGCGCUGCACUCCGCCCCGGGGAGCGGGAACCCGAGGAGCCUGGGACCAGUCUCUGGGAGCCCGGGGCGCGGGCGAUGCGGGCGCCGCGGGCGACACCUGCGGCUCCUCUCGGUGGCAGCCGUCGCCUGGGCAGCAGCAGCAGCAGCAGCGCAAACCUCGGCAGCUACAGUCGCUGCGGCCCGGACAGCCUCCGCUGCUGUCGCCUCCGCUGCGGUCGCGGUCUCUGAUGCUCCUGCCCGCUCCCGGCCCUGCCGAUCCGGGAGGAUGUGGGUCCUCGGCAUCGCAGCAACUUUUUGCGGAUUGUUCUGGCUUCCAGGGUUGGCGCUGCAAAUUCAGUGCUACCAGUGUGAAGAAUUCCAACUGAACAACGACUGCUCGUCCCCUGAGUUCAUCGUAAAUUGCACCGUGAACGUUCAAGACAUGUGUCAGAAAGAAGUGAUGGAGCAAAGUGCUGGGAUCAUGUACCGGAAGUCGUGCGCAUCGUCAGCAGCCUGCCUCAUCGCCUCGGCUGGGUACCAGUCCUUCUGUUCCCCUGGGAAACUGAACUCCGUGUGUAUCAGCUGCUGCAACACCCCUCUUUGCAAUGGGCCGAGGCCCAAGAAAAGAGGCAAUUCUGCCUCGGCCAUGAGACCAGGGCUUCUCACCACCGCCCUGCUCUUCAACUUAGCCCUCUGCUUGGCGCACUGCUGAAGCUAAAGGAGAUGCCAACCCCUGCUGCAUCAUCUGUCUGGCCCGCACUCUCUCACCUCCCUGAGUCUCUGCUGGGUGUCCUUCUAUUCUGGGUAGACAAAAGGGUCUUUUGUUCCCUUUCAAGUAAUGCAAGACUGCCAUGCACAAAUACUUUGUAAGCUCUGAACCAAUUCAGUCUGGAUUUCCAUGGGUAGUUGAAGAAAACGCGUGGAGCAAAAUUCCCAGCUCUUCCCAUCCCAAUCCGUGUAACCACCGCCAAGGCCAUUCUGAAAGAAUCAGCCCUUAGAAGUCAUUGAGAUAUGCAUCUGCCCUUCCCAAAGCCCGGAGCUUCCAUCCUGUCCCUAAUGGAGUCACUGUCUAUUCGGGGACUGCUGCCUGAAGGUGACUUUGCUUUUGUGGGAGGGAAGAGUCAGUUUCUGCUCAAGGCCUGUGAACUUGAUGCUCACACCCCCUGCUCCUGGAAACCAUUUUCCGUGGUGGAAUCAGUUGUCUGCGGUGACUCAGGACUCGAGAGCUGGGGCUUAGCCUCUCCAGGCCUGGCGUCGGGCUGAAAAGUGCUUAGGAAAACCUUGUUCGUUCUCCUGGAGGAAGAGUUCCGCCGGGAGGCUAGGAAGAUGAGGGGGCUGCGGGCGGAGCGGGUGCUGUCCUUGGUGGAGCUGAAGUGGGCACGCAGGCGUUUCUCGUGGUUGGCGUGCUGCAGAGUCAGCCGGCAGCAGAGGACCUGCCAGAACACCUUCCGGAACUGCUGAGAGGACACGUUGUAGAGGAGAGGGUUGACGACAGAGCUGAGGUAGAAGAACGUGUCGGAGAAGGGGAGAAGGAUCAUGUAUGCCUUGAAGUACGACUUGGUCCAGUCAUGUUUGGGUUUUGCAGCAGCCAUGAUCCGCCGAACCUGAUUUGGCAUCCAACACACAGCCAGUGUCACCACGAUCAGUCCUGGGCAGGCAAGAACAGGAGAAAAAAAGAAACGGGGAGAAAAACAGCAUGAGAACAAAAAUAAAUAAAUAAAAACCCAUAAAAUAUUCAGUCCUUGGUUCUGUUGCUUACUGGCCAGGAAACGGUACCAAUUUUUCACUGCUGUGCUUGACGGCUUCUUUUUGCUACUGGCAAAGGAGAAUUUAAUGCUGCUUCAAGCUCAGGGGACUUGGCUAUGUUAAAGAGCGUUAAAUGCUUUCAACAGUGUAUUUAUACCUGUGGGUGCCCGUUAAUUUUCAAAAUGUUUUCAUUGUUGCGCGUGUAUUCAGAAAAUAUCUCAUGUUGGCCAUAAAUCUGGUUUUGUCUUUUUGUUUCUAGAUAGGACCAAAAGCUAUAGUCAUAUGAGAUGAAAUGGUAUUUGCUUUGUAAACAAUGACAGGACGAAGAAGACCCAGUGAAUUUUUAAGUCAAAUGGAAGUUGUUGCUCCUUGGUUCAACAAAUAUCUUUUAUGACAAUGAUUUAGGAUCCAAGUUCAGGAGAAACAAAAUCAGGGACAGAUUAUUAUACAUAAGUACUACUCAGGCCCCCUCCUUGUGCAUGAGACAUUGGCUAUCUGGACACUUAUCUGGAUGCCACACCCUUGCAUAAUCAGUCACCUCUACAGUGCUGACAAACUGAAAUUGCAAAACAAGACAUAUAUAUACAUA